UGAGGAGAUCUCAUACGGUAAACUUCUGGCCCUAAGCUCUUGUUGUCGUUAACACCCUUGUUUGAAGUCGCUUUGGUAAAACAUGCCUGUUCUCUGCAGGAAAAAGUCCCUGUUUCCUCUUAAUUUUCUUUGUAUUGGGCCUCAUGCAGAUGUGGAACACAAUCGGUAGGACUGCUAACACGGGCUGGCAGGAAGGGAGACUGGGGAGGAGGGUGGCAGUGGGCACGAGAUGAAGAAGCAAGAGGAGAUGCCAACGUCUGUCCGUAUUUUCCUAACAUGGCACAAGCUGGUCACUAACAUGUAAUAGGGGCCACUUGAAGGUAGAACUCACGUCAACUUUCUUCACACUGUUGAACAAACACCUUAGCGUUGUUAAGAUAGUGUGUAUGUGGGGAUGGAGGCCCCCUCGGUGGUUAAGAACACUGACAGCUCUCACUGUCAGAGGACUCAAGCUCGGUUCCUCAUUGGGUUGUUCAGAAUCAUCUGGUCCUCUUCUGGCCUCUUCAGUCACUAGCUCAUGUGUCAUAUGUUCACAUGUGCGUGCAUUCACACACACCUAAAUUGAGAAAUAGCACAUACGAAUGCUCAGGAGAAGCGACUAGCCUGUUAUAAUGUCAGCACAAACCCGAUAAAUAAGUCCACCUUCCCCUUCCUACUGAGACCCUUACGGUUCAUUGGACCCUAAGAUGAAAUUACUGUACAGAUUUUCUUUCUUUUGCGGUCUAAUUUUAGUUAUGAAAACAACAUCUGGUUGAGAUAUUCUGCUUUGCCACAUUUCAAAUCACCCUGGUGUCCUUUUAGCAGGUGACACCAACUGGGAUUCCUAUGCUACCACCAUGAAGACAGCAUUCACACCUAAAGCAGGAGCAGUGGCCAAUUUAAUACGUCCAAAGAGCACCCGAAGAUUGGGAUACACCUACUCACUUAGUGAUCCUAUUCUGAAUCAGACACUUUACAAUGACGAAUAUUCUUGGAAAACAUACGCGAAAGAAAAAAUGAUAAAAAAUGGCACUUCAAGAGGAGUGAGGACCCAUAAAGCGCAUCUCGGUCAAGAAUUCUUUCAGUGGACCCUCCCCAAAGGGAAACCAAUCCACACCCUCCCCUGGAUAGUCCCUCCAUCCAUGGAAAAAGUCCGGGAGGCGAUAGCAAAUCAGUUUGUUUCCCAUACCAAGAGGGACUUCGUGGAUGUGACUCAAGCUAAGAAGACCAUGAAAUCUUUUCCCAUGUCCCGGGACUGGAAAGAACUCCUUCCCCGACCUCUGGACACCGAAUUCCGGCACCAUUACCAAAUUCCAGCUAAGAUUCCUGAACUGCAGGAUUUUAGUUUCAAAUAUGGAUGCUACUCAAGCCUGCCUGUGGCUUCCCAGGGUCUAGUGCCCUCUGUACUGCGUAGCUACAUGCGGAACCAGGAACGCACGAAGAAUCAGACCACGUACGAGAGUGACUAUGGGAAAGACUACCUGGACUUCUUGAUGAUCUUAGACUCAUUCUCCCCCUCCCAAAUCCACAAGUAUCUGCAAAGUGUUUCCUACAAAGACAGACAAAUUCUCGAUCGCUUCAUCCAUUCUCACUGUGACAUUGGUGAGGAGAAAAACGGGAAAGGGAAACGGAGCCGAGCCAAGAGACCCUGAGAUCAACGGACCGCGCCCGCCUCAGCCCAGCCCACCUCAGCCCGGUCGCUUUCUAUGGUCAAGGACAAAUGGGUGAAAUUGCUCCAAAUAGAUUGUGGUAGUGUGGAAAUGUAUGUGCUGCUGUGUUCCGGUUCUAAGUGAAAUCAGCUAACGUUACAAAUGAUGUCCCGCACACAGCCUUAGCUGUGUCUCGUAGAAUUUUGAUGGCACAUGCUUUCUUCUUUUUAUUUAUUUAUUUCUAUCAUUUUUGGUUUCAAUUUUUGAGUUCCUCUCCAGAGAAGUUUCAACUUCCCAGUAAUGAAAAUAUUUUAAAGAUGUUUCCAAUGUUGAUCUUUGUUUUGGAUGCUGUAAAAAAAAAAUCUCCACUUUGGGGACUUCUUCAAAGUUUCCCUGUAUGUUUUAAUCCAGAAUAUGAUUAUACUUUAUAACAAUUUAUGAGAAAAAUUCAUUUAUGUACUGCUGAAGUCCUUCUUACUGUUGCCUUACUAUAGUUUGAACUGUCAAGUUCUGAAAAAAAUGUUAAAGACAUGAGAUAAUAAACAUGACCUUGUCAAUCUCUCCCUGCAUUUUGGGGAU